AUGGAGCCCGGCGGCGGCGGGGACGCGCUCCCGAGGCUGCGGCGGCCGGGGCGGCGCGGGCCGGAGCCCCGGGAGCCGCAGGAGCCGCAGCCGCCUGUCCGGGGCGGCGGGACGGCCGAAGAGUCUACAGCUGUAGAGAAGACGAUAAGGCCUCUUAACAGACUGAAUAUUCAUUCUGCAUUCUGGAUUUUGGCAUCAAUAGCUGUGACGUACUACUUUGAUUUUUUAAAAAAUGUUAAAGAAACUAUGCAAGCAGAUAGCUGGUGGCUUUCCGGUGGCACUUGUUUAUUGGCUGCGUGUUUAUCUGUUGCCUUUUACUGCAUACUGUAUCUUGAGUGGUACUGUGGAAUUCAGGACUAUGAUGAACAGUACCCUGCACUGAUUCCUGUUGCAACAGCUACCUUUAUAGCAGCAGCAGUUUGUUUCAAUGUUGCCUUGUGGCCUGUCUGGUCAUUUUUUACACCUGUGUUGCUCUUCAUUCAGUUCAUGGGUAUUGUGAUGCUUGUGUCACUCCUGGGAUAAUCCCUUCAGUGUGCUGUUUUCAUUUUCUGUGGUGCACAGCCCAGAUCAACCUACUGUGUGGAAAAUUACCAGCUUCAUGUGAAGAACUCAAGUAACUGUAAUCCUGCAAAGUGUAUGUCACUUUUGUUACAUUCCAGUACUUCUGUUGUUUCUAAUACUACCUGUUUGCUCUAACUAAUACAGUAAUUCUUAAUCUACUUGAUUUAUAAAUUGAUGGACAUAACCAUAGGAAAAAGCAACUGAUUAGUGAAUAAUUGGUAAAUAAAUAGGUUUUACAUCUCUUAGUAACAUGAGGCCUUUCAUUUUGUACAUCUUUGUAAAGCUUCUAUUUAUAUUUGAACAUCAAGCACAUGGGCAGUAAGUAAUAGCACCAUAGAAUAGUUAGUGUUGAAAGGGAUCUUUAAAUAUUGUCUCUGGGGGCUCAGAGGUCACCUACUCAAACUUCCUGCUCAAAUCAUGUUGUUUGAUUUGGAAGUAAGUGAUACUUAAAUCAAGUGCUGUGGGGUUUUAAUACUAUAUUCUUUCCAUUUGAAUUGACAGGUAAAAUACUGUUAUCUGGAACCUGUGUUUGUACUUGUAAACUUACAAGAGACAUUUCUUGAUCGGUUAAAUUUCUAAUGUUGUAUGUGUUACCAUGUAGGAAAUAUUUUAUUGUCUGAUGUCUUGAAUACAAAUCUGCUAGUGUUCAAAAAAAAAGUGUGGAUAGGGGUAGGGUAAGGGAAAGCUGGUUGACAUUUGGCAGUGCCAUCAAUUAAAUAAAAAAUUCCACUUGUGCUCAUACAGUUUGUCCAUAGCUAAAGGUGGAUGAACAAGCUGAGAAUAACCAGCAAUGCAAUGAACAAUAUUAACACCAUACAAGAAAUUUGGAGCACACAUUAAAUUCUUUUGAUGUAUACACUAUUUUUCACUAUUCAGGUUGUUUUUUCUUCUGGAAAUUAGCUUUUCAUUCUUAGCAGUGCCUGUUAAUGAAGUUGCCAUUUUCCUUCCUCACCAAUGAAGAGGCUGAUAUUAACUUAAAAGCUACUAGUUAUACUGAGUUGGGAAAAUAAAAUAGCAUUUUAUUUUUAUUAGGUGUCUGUUCAUGACUGAGUUACUUAACUAUCUGAAGACCUGGGCACCAUCUAGUUGCUAGAUCCUUGUGUAAAUACUUUUUCACUCCUUUGGGAAAAUAGGAGAAUGUAGAAAUUGGGAUUGAAACCUGUUAAAAUCUACUCCUUGUGAGUUGCUUAAAGUCCGGACUGUCAAAGGAUACUGUAUUCUUCAUUCUGACUUCCAGAUUCGCAACAUUGGUGAAUACAUGGAAUGUUUAGUAAUGAGAGACACAUUGUCUUUGGCUGUUGCUGUUCCAUUAAGGAAAAAGGUUGCGACCUAAUAUUACGUAAUAUAAAGGAUCAGCCAAACCAAAAUAAAGUGCAUUCAGCACUACUUGAAGUAGUUUGUAGGGUAAGUUAACAGCUUGAUUUGUUUAAAUGUAAUAUUUAAGUUUGCCAAAACCAGUCAUGCUUCACAUCUUUAAAAUGCAAGUUGCUUAUUUUCAGGUCUUCAUCUUUUCAGAGGUUUUAACAAUUUUAUAUCUGCAUACACAGGUACAUAUGCAUAACUUUAUUAUAAUAUUUAAAAUGCAGUAUUGCUCAGGGAUGGUUAUUGUAGCUGUGUUUUUAUUUGUCAGCUAUAUAAAUGCUCUAGGUGUUUUAAGUUGCCUUGUGACCUGAAUUAAAAUUACUAUUUGCUACAUGAUUUUUCAAAUUCAUUCUUCUAACAUCUUAAUAAACUUUGUACAAAAGUGA